AUGAGAAUGGUGGCAGCUUAUAAUUACAUCCACGGUCUGGUCGAGAAGGUGGCGCGAAGAAACGGGAGUACAACAAAGAAAGCUGGGAGAGCAGCCUCGACAGAUCCGGCGGCGAUGAAGAGCAGUAGACCUCAUGAGCUCCCGCUGGCCUUCGGCGACUUUUUCGUCCGCGAACAGCGCUCCGCCAAUGGCCGCUCUUGCAACCUCCUCGCCGACAGACCCUCAAAGUAUACUAGUUACUCCCUCUCCGAAGGCUUCCAGCGCGAGUCCGAGAAGAUCUAUCUCGCUAACUUGCUCCGCUCGGCUGCCUGGAAAUUGGAUAGCAGACUCAUUCCUGUCUUGGCUCUCUUUUACUUCGCCAGCGAGCUGGGUCGCUUGAGUCUCAACAACAUACGUUCUAUAGGUACAUGA